UCUAUUCUCGGACCGACCAGACCCGUCAAUGAGAAUGUCACAUCUUUCCACCCUCCGUAAGCAUGCAAGAUACUUGAUUCGUGAAGGUUGCAGACUGCCAGUGUUGCGUAAACAAUAAGACCAGGGAAGAUUAACUUUCAAGAGAAAUCAAUGCGCGAACUCUAUCAUACUUUUGCACCUCAUGACUCGUAGGUCAGACACGUGGGUUAUGGGUCAAGAUUUCCAUUCUCGAGAGAAAACGAACACUCGGGGAGCACCGAACACUUUCAAGAAAAAAAGGAUUGGGUCUAAUUAUGGAAUUUGUAUCAGACUGAGACCUGAGACUGGAGAGAAAAAUGCCGAUUUUGCUUUUUCUUUGAAGGUUGAUCUUCUUGGACUUGGCAAGAGAGAUCGAGAGACAGGGUCACUUUCAUUUGGUCUUGGUGAAAUCGAUCGGGAAAUGAGAUUGCGUGUAUCUAUUCGUACUUGCCUUCCUUUUAAUCGUAUCUCUCUGUUGACAUGCUUCCAAUCUCCCUGUGUCCUCCUCUCGUCUUGUUUCCCUGCAAUCGUCCUUACUCUUCUCAACAUGGCGCAUUUGGGCGUCAGAGAGAAAAGACCCUUUUUCGAAGGGAAGGAAGGGCCGCCGCCCCGACGGCCACCCAAUGGUAACGAACCACAAACUAAACUUUGUAUGGGCCCCCAAAGCAAACAAGGGCCAACAAAAAAGCAAGCUCCACCAUCGUCACCAUCACGAAUUUUAGGAAAACCUAGUAAACAAUAAUAAUAAUGUUGUUUCCGGGCCUUGGAGCGAAUGGGAAAAGGGCGCACGCCUUGCAAGAGUGGACAGAGCAAAGAGAAAAAAGAACGAAAAGCCGCUGGUGGGGAGCAUAACCGUAAAAAGUUGUAUUCCCAGUGUUUUUAGUCAGCGAAAAGUGACACGAGUCUGGACUUGCGGAACACAGUUUGGGGGAAGACGUCGAUGUGGCUUUUUUUCCGUUGUUGUCACAUGUGUUCGGAUGAUGCGAUGAUUCAAAGCCCGGGUCCAGAU